CAUUGAGCAUUGCAGAACAUGUUACAUCCACUGUAGUGGGGAGUGAGAGAAAGAUAUAAAGUGUGUUCAUGCAUUUUCCUUAGAUCUGUUUUGCUCUGCAUGAUUUUCAUGGGUGGAAAUUCUUGUUGAGUCUCCUGUCUGUCAAGAUGUGUUAUGCACAUUUGUUUCUGGAUCACUGAUCAUAUAUUCUUGUGCUUCUUAUAGUAUGGAUCAGUCACUGAGCAUAUUCUUGUACCUGUAGCCUUCAUUGUUUGUGUCAGCUGAUUUACUUGGUAGUGGCAUUUUGGACGGAUUAAUCAACACCUAUAUAGCUUGACAACCCUUCUCGCUUGGUUCCUGAUCAAUGGGAUAUUGAGAAGCAUCAUCAAGAAAAAGACUUGACUUGUCCUCAAACAACCCGGUAGAACUACUUUUAAUUGAAGGCAUAUUUACAUCAUUAGCAGGCCAAUUAGCAUACAGAUACAAAAUCCUCUCCUUGGGUAUAUCUUCCGAAAAGCAUCAUACUAGAUAAAGAUACAAGUCUUCUCUGUGUGAUUCGACCAUCAUUCUGUGUUGAUCAUUCAUUUAAUGCACGGGAAGGACCCGGACACUAUAGAGAAGUUCAGUGACCCACAUUUAUUUCCUGCCCUCUAGAUAGAUAUCCAGAUCGAACUACACACAAGGAAAUAUUAUGUAAAUCUCUGCUGGUACCUUGAGUAGAAGGUGGUCAACAUAAUUAAGAAGCCCUGCAUGUACAGUUGUACGCCAUAAACCCUAUACACUUUUAAUACUGUACUUCUUGCUCCUGUGCGUAGUCACAACACACUUGCUUGUUGCAACGACUGAUUGAAUGAGCAGCUCACUCAGAGCAGCUUCAUCUAGGUGUUUUUAAUCAAUUUCUGCAGCCUCACAUGUGCAUUGUACAUACACGUAAGAAGAUGGUACAUCGUGCAUGCAAGAUCUGCAUCUCUCCUGUCGUGAUAAUAUGUAUAUCGCUGUGAACUAAUUUUGUGAGCCAGAGUUACGCUGCUAUCUUCCAUGCUAAUUCUGUGAUACCUAGGGAUAUACAUGUAUGAUCUACUGUAGAUCGAGCUUUGUGAAGCGUGAUUUACUUCUUUUAUGCAAGAUUGUUAAGGAAUUGGAAGAAAUUCCCACAAAUACUCUAGCUGCUCCCAGGAUCAUCUGUGAUAUCACCAGAGCAAUAAGGAAAAGGAACAGUGAUAAACAGACUGAAACAUUUAAAGGUUGACAUCAAUUGAUUGAAUCUUGACUCGAGAUACUAUUUGAAGAAAUUGUUGAGCAAUUAACGAUUAAGCCAGCAUGGCAAGUGGUGGAGACCUAGGAAUUCCGUCAGCUUCGUCAUUCAAUGAUAGUACUAAUGUAGAUGUUUUGGAUGUAUGCAUAGCACCUCCAAAACAAGAUAAACAUGCCCUCAUCAAUCCCGAAGCAGCUAGCCCCAGGGAGAGAGCCCCAUUGAAAGAAAAUGAAGUUGUGCAACAGGAGAUGAUAUGCGGUUACGAUGGCCUGAGAUUCAUCGUGGUAUCGUCCAUCGUGUUUGCAUUGGCUGUGACCGUAGGGUUAGUCGUAUCCAUCAUCUCUGGACAGAGGCAGAUUUACCCCCAUGGCGCCAUAGCAACGGAUGUUGCGGUGUGUUCAGACAUAGGAGCAGACAUGUUGAAACAAGGAGGGCAUGCAGUCGAUGCGGCGGUUGCAGCAGCGUUCUGUCUAGGAGUGGUACACGGUCACUACUCUGGAUUAGGAGGGGGAGGUUUUCUGCUGGUAGGAAACCCUAUUUCCAAUGACCUUGCCGGGUUUGACUUUAGAGAAACAGCUCCAUCAGGUAGCAGUGCUAACAUGUUUGCAAACAACCCACAAGCAGCUUUACAGGGAGGUUUAGCAGUGGCUACACCAGGUGAAUUGAGAGGAUUAGAAGCAGCAUGGAAACAGUAUGGAAAGUUGUCAUGGUCAGAAUUAAUAGAGCCAUCGAUAGAGCUGGCUGAGAAUGGAUUCAAAAUUACACUGCAGCUUGCUGCUGAUAUUAGCAAUACAGAUUUCUCAGGGAUGUCUCAGUCGUUGCGUGACCUCUUCGAGGAGAAGAAGGUCAACGAUACACUCCAGAGGCCAUCCCUUGCCAGUCUCCUAAGGGACAUCGCUGAUAAAGGUUCAGAAGCACUCUACAGCAAUGAUACCAUUGCACAAGAAAUUGUCGAUACGGUUGGAGGUAGUCGAGGCAUCCUGAGCCUCCAGGACUUGCACGCCUACACCGCCCAGCCCGCCACGCCCAUCCAGUCUUCCUAUGACCUCCACCGCAUCUUCAGCUUGCCCGCCCCCAGCUCCGGGCCCUCUAUCCUCUCCUCCCUCCAUGCCAUGGCCGGUCUCAACAUCUCCACCGACAACAUCAUCUCCCCAUUAACCUACCACCAAGUCAUCGAAAUCUCAAAAUUUGUCGCCGCCCUUGCGCGGCAGCUCGGCGACCCCCAGCAAACGCCCGAGAGUGCAAACCUGACGGAAUCCAUGCUGAGCGACAACACGACGGAGAAGAUUUUGAAGAUGGUUAAUGGCACGGCAACAUAUGACUAUCCGCAUUAUUUUGAAGGGGAUGUCUUCCAACAGCUUUUUGCAACUCAGGCCACUACCUUGGUGUCUGUUACUGAUGAUAAUAAUAACAUUGUGUCACUUACAAGUUCUCUCAAUUCUCCAUUUGGUUCUGGUUUGAUGACGCCGUCUGGGAUCAUUCUCAACAAUGCAAUGAAUAGCUUUAACUGGGAUGGGAAAUACCAGACACCAACAGAUACAGUUGUUCCCGAGGCUAACGCUAUAUCACCAGGACGUCGACCGAUGUCCAACAUGGCUCCGUUUUUCUCGUGGAGCGAUGAGAACCUUUGCCUCGCACGCUAUGCAAUCAGUGGUAUAGGACUAACAUCCAUCCAGUCGGCCCCGAUAGACAUGGCACUGAAGCUCCUAUCGUCAAACGCAUCGCUCCUGAAUGACGUGGAGAGUGGGGACAGGGUGUUUCCUUCGCUCUAUGAAAACCUAGUUGAAGUAGAAGAUGGCCUAAGUCCUGCGAUACGGAAAGGUUUAGAGGAGUUGGGACAUGUUCUUCAAACAAGUAGCUCUCGUCUAGGUGUUGUCAACGUCGCAUCAGAAGCCAAAGAUAAAUUCACAGCUCAUUCUGACAGCAGAAGAUUAGGAGCCCAAGCGUCUGUCUUUUAACCUUUGCUAAUGACUGUUUGUACUAAUGACUGUUUGUACCAAUGACUCGCUCACACAAAGCGCGCAAAAUAGGCCGCCUCGUGGGUAGUAUUCUAAAUUGAAUUAUUUAGCUGGUGUAUUGAAAUAGCAGUGAAAAUGUAACAAUAUAUUUCAUGACAGUAGUAAAAGAUGAAAGGAAAUUUAAUUUAUUACCUACUGAGCUUUCAUUUCAUAUUUGCCAGAGAUGGAAAAGUCGUAACUGCCGGAUGUCUAUACUUGUUUAUAGAUUUAUUCUUUAUUGUUGUUGUUUCAAAAUGUGCUUAUUUCUGAUAGUCUUCAUUUGUACAAAGCAUAAUUGAUAAUAAACAAUAGUGGACACAUUUUCAAAAUACAAAUUUUAACCAUCACAUCAUGGUGACAAUACGUGUAUCAAUUCUGAAAAGUAUUGCUUUGAGCAUAUGUUAUCUAAAUGGGUUAUUAGCAAAAUCAUUGAAUUUAUUGGUGAAAUUGGGUACCGGUAACUAUUUUCUUUCAUUGAGAUUUGAUUUGAGAUUGAAAAGGUUUUAUUAAUUGCACUUCGCAGCCAGAUGGCUGAAUUAUGAACAAUUUACAUUGGCAAUAAAUUAUAAUACAUACAAAUGUGGUUUGACAUUGUCACAGAGUAUAAUAUACAGUGUAUAACAAAAUUCAUAACAAAGUUCAUAACUAAUAUGACUAAGGCAAUAACAGGCAAAUUAAGUCACGUUUAAAAUAUAUUUUGUGAGGUGACACAAGAGUGGGUCAAAGGAUGAGCAAGCAGGCCCUUUGCUCUUCAAUACACGCUCUCAUUCCUAUACACACUCCUAUUCUCACUCAUGUACCUUGGACACUCUCAUAAACACUCACAUUUACACUCUUAUACACACUCCCAUGCACACUCCCAUAUACUAGCUAACAGUCUGCUCGCUCAUCCUUGGACUUCUCUUGUGUCAAGGAGUGUCGGGUAUUUAAAAAAAAUAAACAACAAAACAAGUAAGCUCCUUCCUGACUUUCGUACAUUGGGGAGAAAAAAGCAAAUGAAUUAAAAACUUGAACACCAUCUGAUCUGAAUUGCCAUGUCAUGAUUGCUACAAAGCCUUAUCACUAUUCAAUGUACAUUUUAAAAAGAUGUUACAAGUAAUUAUGGAAGCAUAAAAUUUAAAAUUUUAAAUGCGGAAUGUAAAAUUGAGUACCAGUUAAUUGAGUACUAGCUAAAUGGGAUCUAUGCAUCCGAUUUGCAUAAUCAAAGCUGUGUGUGAUUGUUCAUUGUUGUUGCAAUACAAAAAAGGAGAGAAUCCCUAAUAUAUAAUUCACAUUACACUAUGGGGUAUUACAAAAAAAUGAUAUUUAUCUUUAUGGUACUACCCAAAAAGUUAUGUAUAUUAUCAGGGUUCAACUAAUAAACUCUUCUUAUACAAUUUCCUUAAAUAUAGGGCAAUUUAGAGAAAGCAGCGCCUGCUGAAGACACAAAUGUUGCUUGCCAGAACGGAAAGAAAAUAUCUUUUCAUUUGUUAAAUUGUUAUUUUGUUAAGAAAUUACAAGGUAUGUGUAAAUCAUAUUGCCAACUGCCCACAAGGAAUCCAUGACUGCCAUUGAAAAUGCAAUGAAUCAUGAAUGCAUAGCUGUUUACUGCUUGAAAGCUGGAACAAUUGAAAUUUGAGAUCAUCUUAUUUCUUACCAAUUAAUUUAGGAAUUCUGAUUGUGUUGAAAUCUGAUAAUACAUGUAUAUAUACAUGGAGAGUCUGUGUAUCAUUUUAUGCAAUAUGGUAUACAUGUAUUUCUAUCUGUUUAUCUUUCUAAAGGUUCAUUUUCAAGUCAAGUUGCUGAAUUUCAUGUUGCUGUUUUUUACGAUUCAUUCAUAUGUCAUGUUUGUGUUUAGCCCUCAUUCCAAACCCAUCUAUCCAUUCCAUAUGAGAAUGCUAGGGUUGUUUAUUUUAAUCAAACAUGUCUUUCUGUUUGUUUUUUUUAAUGCAGGAUGGUAAAGUGUCCCCUACAGUGGUGUGAUUAUUAUUAUGUGAGGUGGGCAAUAUGCUAUAACACUACCAAUGUCUUAUGAAUGUUGUUUACGUUGAUGAUGAACAAAAUAGAGUUUUAUCCUGAUGCAAUGCUGGUAUGCAAUUCAACCAUGUGCAUUAGUAAUCAAGUUAUGGUAUUCUGCUAGAGAAGCAAAGAACAUCGGAAAUAUUCUGUGACAAAAUAGAAAUAUAUAUAAUUGAUGUAUAUUAUUUUUUAAGCAUUGAUUAGAUGGUGCAAUUGUGAAGGUAAUAUAUAGUUUGCUGGCUCAAAUUCUUAAAAGUCACUAUGGGGUCUGAACGGCUUGUGCCUGAGACUACCCAAAUAGGCUUAUGUCACUAUGAAUAUGAUGGACAAAGAAAUAUGCAUGUGACACCUGUUCUACACAUUUUUACAUAAUAGCAGUGAAGGGAUGUUUCUUUGUCUACCACAGCAAUUGUUGAGGGUAGAAUGAGGAACUGUAUAUUUUGUCCGCUUUCUUUGUCCGUCAUGUUCAUAGUGUGUACUGUAACCAUUCAGGGACUGACAAAAGGUUACUGUGUACAUACGAGCCUCCACAAUAGGAUUCUAAUCGUGUUCAUUAUAAUCACUUUUCUACUUCUUUGCUCGUAUAGUUUGAGAUCAUUAUACACCAAGAUAUAGACCUAUGUCAUAAUGUAUGGACAGCGAAUUGAGAUGAUAUUUAUCCGUCUGUGCAAUGGGAGUUGCAUUAUCUGGUGAAUGGACACGGUGGCAUUGUUUCAUGAAAAUCAUCAAAAGUACAGGUUCCAAAACCUUGUCCUUAAUUCCUCUAAAUGCCUGAUAAGCGGGCUCUUUGAUGAAAGAACAUAUGAACAGCCUUUAUGCCUCAAGUCACACCUUUGCAUAUUUAGCUUGCACAUUGCUGCAUAUUUAUGCAAGCCGUUUUAACAUUUAUUCCUUUUUCUUGAUAUAAAAAAAUUAAUUCCUGAUAUCAGGAAAUGAUUUUCUGUUGUAAAGCAAUGGUAAUUCUUUAUAUCAAGUAUUUGAUUUUUUUUUAUAUCAAGAACUCAUUUCUCUAUGUCAAGAAUUUGAUUUUUGAUAUCAAGAAAUAGGAAUAAAUGUUAAAACGGCUUGCCAUAAAUAUGCAGCAAUAUGCAAGCCAAAUAUGCAAAGGUGUGACUGAGGCAUUAGACGGUUUCCUGAAACAAUGCCCUUGAUAAACACAAUGGAGACUUAUUUGUCUGCUGAGAGCCAGAAGGGCUUUGAUUCUAGGUGUAACAUGUUUGGUUAACACCCUUCUGGCUCUCAGUAGAUGACUUUGAUCAUAUCUUAUUAGAAUGUGGGAGUUUAUGACCUUGUUAUCCUUGAUAACCACAGGGUAAACUUCUUAGUUUUUAUUUGGAAUUUCACUUUUCAUUGUAAAUUUUUUUUUUAUGUUAGACACAUUCCUUAGGUUAAAGCUUUCAAUUUUGUAUCAUUUAAUUUUAUAUGGAGAAUCGUGAAAUAUUGUGAUUACAUUAAAUUCAAGUGUCCAUCCUUUCAGAUCAAUAACUUCUUUUUUAUAAACUUACCAAUAAUUUAUUUACAGUGUACCGGUAGUAAUAAUUAGUGUGUACCGAUACUUAUUAUUACUUUUUAUGUCAUGAAGCUCUUCAUAUGAAAAUGUUUUUGCAUAUAAAUCUGUAUUGCUAUUCAAUGUUUGCAAUAACUGAAUUGAAUUAUGGCUGAAUGAAGAUUGUUUUUUUUAAUAACUUCACAGAUGUUUUCAUUAAUCCAGAUUUUAUUCAAUGAAUUUGCAUUUUAGUGUAGGACAACUAUGUAUUAGAAAAUGGACAACAUGACAAUAUUUUCUUGUCAGUUUUUAUAAGAGUGACAUAAUUUACCAGAAAGCAGCAUUUGUCAAUGGUUAUAAGUUUUUACUCUGGGAUUUAUUUUCAUUUUGGGAGCGAAAGAAAUAGAAAUCGGAAUUGCAUACAAAUAUGAUUGAUCAUUCCAAGUUACCAUUGGUUAUUUAAGUACUCUUACAAUGCUUUCAUUAAUAUUUUAUGUUAUCUGUUGAUAUGAGUAGAAGGCUUGACAAUGUUAUCAAAGUGUUCCGUUUUUGUUUUGUUCUGAUACAUUAUUGUGUGAAGGCACAGAUGGAGAAGAGUAGUUACAGUAUAUAUCCUAAAUUAUUGAGGUUCUAGGGGUCCUAAUAUGGAUUAUUGUAUUGGAAUAGCUAUUUAUAUGUUAAUAUUUGCAAAUUUACUUACAAAAUAUAUUGUAAUUCCCUGGAUGAUGGAAUUGGUAAUAAACAAUUUAAAUGAAUUGAA